AUGGAACUAUUGACUGAACAUCAAUUGAAUAGCUUAUCAAGAUUAUCUUAUACACCUCAUCCUAUUGAAGAAGAACAAAUAUGUCUCCUUGAUUUAUCCUAUUCUGACUUAAACGAUAUUCAAAAAGCUAAACUAGUUACACUUAUUAAACAAUAUCCACAAGUUUUCACCGAGAAACUUGGUCGGACUCAUCUUGUUAAACACGUAAUCGAACUUCAACCAGGAACACAAUCCGCAAACACUCAACCAUAUCGUCUCCCCCCAUCUAAAAAAGCUAUAGUCGAUCAACAACUAGAAGAGAUGCUCCAAGCUGGUCAUAUUACUCCUUCACAUAGUCCUUGGACAUCUCCAAUCGUAUUAUCCCCUAAAAAAGAUGGUACACUCAGAUUUUGUGUUGAUUAUCGAAAGUUGAAUGCUAAUACAAUUCGUACAGCAUAUCCUAUGCCUCAAAUUUAUCCUCUGUCUUUGAUCGUCUCAAAACCUGCUGGACUUACUCUUAAAGCCUCAAAAUGUGAUUAUUGUAGAAAAGAAUUAAAGUACUUAGGACAUAUUAUUACUCCUGACGGUAUUAAACCUGAUCCCGGUCUAAUCGACUCCGUGAAACUUUUUCCUCAACCUACACGAUUAAAAGACAUUCAAUCAUUUUUAGGCUUAACUGGAUACUACAGAAAAUUUAUAAAAGAUUACGCUAAAAUACGUUCUCAUCAAAAAUCUAAACGUUCACCAAAUAACAUAGAAUGGUCUGUUGAAUGUACUAUAGCCUUUGAACAAUUAAAAACUGCACUUACUCAGGCUCCUAUACUUCGAGGUCCAAAUUUUAAUGAACCUUUCAUUUUGGAAACAGAUGCCUGUGAUUAUGGUCUUGGUGCUGUCCUUACUCAAGAAUAUGAUAAUAAAAAAUUUGUUAUCGCUUACGCUAGCCGAACUCAAACAACAGCUGAGAGAAAUUAUUUUCCUACAGAAAAAGAAGCUCUAGCUAUUUAUUGGGCCACCAAACAUUUUCGGCCCUAUUUAGAAGGUACAAAAAGCUAUAUUCGAUCUGAUUGUAGGGCACUACAAUGGCUUCUUGAAACAAAAGAUUCGUCUGGACGAUUAGCUCGAUGGGCAAUAAGUCUAUCAGCAUUUAACAUUGUUAGCAUCAAAUAUAAACCAGGAAAAACAAAUACAAACUCUGAUUCAUUAUCUCGUUAUCCUCUCUCUAAUCUAGCUGUGUUAAAUGGAACAACACCUAUAUCUACACUCAAUUUUUGGGAUAAUUGUACUCUCCUCGAAAAUAUCCGAAUCGAACAAUAUAAAGACCCUCACCUUCAUAUUAUCAUUGAUAAAUUAUCAGGUCUCAGUCAUCCCUUCAUUAAUAAUCUCUAUCCCUCUUUUACUCUAAUUAACGGUAUUCUCUAUAAAUGUCGAUCUCCAUCAAAAAAUAUCUAUCAACGAUCAGUCGGACUUCCUCACUUACUCGUUAUUCCGAAAUCUAUGCAACAAGAACUCCUAUCUUGGACACAUGAUCAUCCGACAGCCGGACAUAGUGUAAAUGAAACAACAGGUGAUACACCAGCAUAUCUUAAUUUUGGACGUGAUCCUAAAUUACCUCCACACCUACUCCUAACCACACCGACUCAUGAUGUACCUCUACUUCCCACAUCUCUAUCCUCAGAAAUCGAAAAUUAUAAACAACAACUUCGUCAUCAAUUACUUACAUCUCAUCAAUUUGCUCAAGAACAUAGUGAAGUAUGCAAAUUUCAGCAGAAACAUCAGUAUGACAGUCAUAGUUUUAAACGUUCUUUUAAAGAAGGACAACUUGUUUGGGUUAGCAUUCCUUCAGUAUUAAAACAUGGAAAACUUGAUCCUCAGUAUCAAGGUCCUUGUCACAUCACUCAAGUUCUUACUCCCUCUUCUUUUAUUAUUCAGCGUCUCUCUGACGGAGUAAAUUUAGGAGUCGCCAACAUUGAUCGACUUAAACCAUUUUAUGAACCGAAUGAUAUUCGUGUCAACAAUACACGAAAUACACCAGAUCAAACUUUAAAUACACACCCACAACCAUUGAUGAGUAUCGAUACAAGCAAUGCUAUAAAUAUGAUUCCUUCGCGCCCGUCAAACAAUGAUGACCUCUCUCCGUCCACUAUUAUAUCAACGUCCGAUUCGAAUACAUAG